AUGACCACCACAUGCUACUACCACCAACCACUACUCACCACUCAUCACCACUACUACCACCCAUCACCACCAAACACCACUACCUGCCAUAAUCACCCCUACCCACCACCCACCAUAACAACCACCCACCCAUCAUUACCACCCACCACCACUAUGACCACCUCCCAUCACCCAUCACCACCACCCGACACCAUCUCCCUCACCACCACCCACCACAACAACCACCCACUCAUCACUACCACUCACCCACUACCCACCAUUAUGACCACCACUCGUCACUACCACCAACCACCACCCAUCACCGCCACCCAUUUCUACUACUUAUCACUACCACCCACCACCCUCCACCACCAACCACCCACCACCCACCACCCACCGCCACCACCACCGACCAUAACCACUCAUCACUACCGACCACCAUCACUCCCACCCACCACCCAUCACCACCACUGGCCUCCACAACCCAUCACCACUACCCAUCACCAUCACCGACCACCAUCAACCAUCAUCACUACCCACCAAAACCACCGGCCACCACCCAUCAAAACCCCUCGCCACCAUUACCUCACCUAUCACCCACCACAACCACCACACACCACCACCCACCCACCCACCACCUUAUAUGUCACCCCCACUGCCCUUUAA